AUGGCGGUGGCCAGGAAGAUCAAAACUUUGCUGACGGUCAACAUCGUGGUGUUCGUGGGCAUCAUCCUCUUCUCCGUGUACUGCCGCCUGCAGGACCGCUCAGAGGGGCUGGUGCAGAUCGUGCGCAGCGCCGACCGCCGGGUGCGGAGCCGGCACGCCAAGGUGGGCGCGCUGGUGGACCGCGAAGCCAUCCUGCAGCGCCUGGACCACCUGGAGGAGGUGGUCUACAACCAGCUGAAUGGCCUCGCCAAGCCCAUUGGCCUGGUGGAGGGGCCGGGGGGCCUGGGCCAGGGCGGCAUGGCGGCCUCGCUGCACGAGGACAGCCAGGAGACAGAGAGCAAGUACGAGGAGUACGGGUACAACGCGCAGCUCAGCGACCGCAUCUCCCUGGACAGGACCAUCCCGGACUACAGGCCAAAAAAGUGCAGACAGAUGACCCAUGCCUCUGACCUACCCCAGAUCUCUGUGGUCUUCAUCUUUGUCAACGAGGCCCUCUCCGUCAUCCUGCGCUCCGUGCACAGUGUGGUGAACCGCACGCCCUCGCGGCUCCUCAAGGAGGUCAUCCUGGUGGACGACAACAGCGACAGUGCGGAGCUCAAGGCCAGCCUGGACCAGUACGUCAACAGGCGGUACCCGGGCCUGGUGAAGAUCGUGCGCAACAGCCGGCGGGAAGGCCUGAUCCGGGCGCGGCUGCAGGGCUGGAAGGCGGCCACGGCCCCCGUGGUGGGCUUCUUUGAUGCCCACGUGGAGUUCGGCACGGGCUGGGCGGAGCCGGCGCUCGCUCGCAUCCAGGAGGACCGGCGGCGCAUCGUCCUGCCGGCCAUCGACAACAUCAAGUACGACACGUUUGAGGUGCAGCAGUACGCCAGCGCGGCCCACGGCUACAACUGGGGUCUCUGGUGCAUGUACAUCAUCCCGCCCCAGGACUGGCUGGACCGCGGCGACGAGGCCGCACCCAUCAGGACCCCCGCCAUGAUCGGCUGCUCAUUCGUGGUGGACCGGGAGUACUUCGCGGACAUCGGGCUGCUGGACCCGGGCAUGGAGGUGUACGGCGGUGAGAACAUCGAGCUGGGCAUGAGGGUGUGGCAGUGUGGCGGGAGUAUGGAGGUGCUGCCCUGCUCCCGCGUGGCCCACAUCGAGCGCACCAAGAAGCCCUACAACAAUGACAUUGACUACUAUGCCAAGCGCAACGCCCUGCGGGCAGCCGAGGUGUGGAUGGACAGCUUCAAGUCCCACGUGUACAUGGCCUGGAACAUCCCUAUGACAAACCCAGGGGUGGACUUCGGGGACGUGUCUGAGCGGCUGGCCCUGCGCCAGCGGCUGAAAUGCCGCAGCUUCAAGUGGUACCUGGAGAACGUGUACCCAGAGAUGAGGACCUACAACGACACCCUCACGUACGGAGAGGUGAGAAACAGCAAAGCCAGCGGCUACUGCCUGGACCAGGGAGCGGAAGACGAUGACCGCGCUAUCCUCUACCCCUGCCACGGGAUGUCCUCCCAGCUGGUGCGGUACAGCGCGGAGGGGCUGCUGCAGCUGGGCCCCCUGGGCUCCACCGCCUUCCUGCCCGACUCCAAGUGCCUGGUGGACGACGGCAGGACCCGCGCUCCCGCCCUGAAGAAGUGCGAGGACGUGGCCCGGCCCGCGCAGCGGCUGUGGGACUUCACCCAGAGCGGCCCCAUCGUGAGCCGGGACACCGGCAGGUGCCUGGAGGUGGAAAUGUCCAAGGACGCCAACUUUGGGCUGCGGCUGGUGGUGCAGAGGUGUUCGGGGCAGAAGUGGACCAUCAGGAACUGGAUCAAGCAGGGGCGGCACUGACCCCCAGCC